GUCUCGGUACUGUAGAUUGUGCACUGAAUUUCGUCCACACCGGUGUCGGUGGACGGAACUACAUGUGAAAAGUGUUGUGGCUUGCUAUUGGUUUUCCGGCUUUUGCGCAUUUUCGGCAUCCUGGUUUAAAGCCUGGGAAUGUGGUACGUAUUGGAACUGAGCCUUCUUCUUAUUUGCAUCCAGGGAGCAUUAUCACUCUAUGAAAGGUACAAGUUAAUGCGAUUACAACCGGAAAAUGAAAGUGCAACCCAUGAAAUCUUUGAUUUGGUUAGAAGAAAUGGAGGCCUGUACGAAAUUUGGAGGGCACAACGAAAGGAACCGGCACAUAUCUAUCUCUCAGUUGCUCCAGAUGGCAUGCAAAGACUUCAGAAAAUCUUACAAAAGUACAAUGUUCCAAGUGAAGUUCAGAUCGCUGACAUCAAUGAGUUCAUUGCUGCAACGGAGCAACAGCACACUCGAAAAAGGAUACCUAGGUCCCCGAGGAUCAUGUGGCGAAAGGAACACGACAACUACAGAACAGUACGGGAAAUUGAGGCCACGUUGGAAGAACUGACUUCCAAAUAUCCUUUCGUACAAUUGGAAACCAUCGGCCAAACCUUUGAAAAUCGCUCUAUAAAGGCUUUAAAGAUUUCUACUGACCACUCAAAGCCCAUAAUCUGGAUCGAUGCCGGGAUGCAUGCUCGUGAGUGGAUUGCCCCGGCCGCCGCCAUGUAUUUCGUUGAUAAACUUUUAACUCCUGGGGGACAGUCAUUGUUGAAUGACUACCAGUUCAUUGUCGUCCCCUUGGUGAAUCCGGACGGCUACGCUUACACCCACACGACGGACCGACUCUGGCGCAAGAACAGGUCACGGAGACAUGGGGAAAGUUGUGUCGGAGUCGAUUUAAACAGAAAUUUUCCUUUAAAUUGGGGAGUGGGAGACGGAAGUUCCAUAUGGGCCUGUGACAGCACGUAUAUGGGUAAAGAACCAGCUUCAGAACUGGAGUCCAAAGCAGUCAUUAAGCACUUGACGGAGCGAAAGGAUCAGCUGGUGUUGUACCUUAAUCUGCACUCCUAUGGUCAGUACAUUCUAACCCCUUUCGGGUACUCCAGAUUUCGAUAUCCAUCGAAUUAUGAAAAUAUGCUGGCUUUAGGUCGAAUGGUACAGGAGGAAAUCAGAAAGCGACACAACUACCACUAUCGAGUGGGUUCCGCAGCGGAUCUCUUGUAUGAAGCAUCUGGUGGCAUCGACGACUACGUUGCAGGUGUCUUGGGCGUUCCCUACACAUACACCAUGGAGCUGAGUGACGAAGGGCGCUACGGAUUUCUGCUACCGCCAUCGUACAUACGCACAGUGGGCAAACAACUGUGGACAGCAGUCAAGGUAUUCGCUCAGCAUAUGUAGAUGCUGGUGGCAGUUCGUCUGAUGAACGAACGAAAGUGUUACCCUCCCCAUUCGAAUCUACAGGAGAGAUUGUAAAGUGGAAUUGAUUUCACAAAUUUUUGAAAUAUUUUUUGACGACCUUCACUUAGCAUCCCAACGCUUGUUAAUACUAAUGCUUACUAGGGACCCAUCUCAUAAAACUUGGAAAUGUUUAGCAGUUAACAGAGUUCAUUUAUUAUUGGUACUCGACAAUUAUCAGAAGUCCGGUCAGUUCCUUCUUCGUCUUCCUCACCAAUGCGUACCUGUUUGUGUGAUCCACAAUGAUACUACCUCAAUCUGUCCAACAUAUCGAUGAUCUACGGUUUGUAAUCUUUAUUACUGUGGAAUUCGUGCAGCUGAUUUUGAGUGGACCAGCUAUGAGACGCAUCGUAAGCCAUAAAAUGAUUGCUGUCCUA